AUGGAGACGUACUACGGUCACGUCCGCACUCCAGCGGACGCUAUUAUCUUGUUUGAGGCAUGCCGCAUCGGUCUGCUGCCUCGUGUGCAACGACGACUGUCAGAGAAAGAGCGCCAGUCUAUUCGCUCGGGCUCCGUGUUCGUCUGGGAUGAGCGCGAAGCGGGCAUGCGCCGGUGGACGGACGGAAAGUCCUGGAGCGCCAGUCGUGUGUCGGGCAGCUUCCUGACCUAUCGGGAGAUGGAGGGCAAGCGUGGUGGUGGCAGCGUUUCUCAGAACUCGGUGUCCAGAGGCGGCAAGACGCCCGAAAGUCGGGGCAGCGAUGAGGACCGAGGAGAUGGCACCGAUGAAGGCCCCGAUGGCUACCGGUAUAAGCCCGAUGGGUUGAUGAAGCAGUCCUUCAGCAUCACCACUUCUACCGGCCAGCACCUUCACCUCAUCAGCUACUACUCUCGCUCUCAUCCUUCCGCCUCCAACCUGCAACAACCCACCACAGAUCCCGCACUGCGCCAUGUUCGACCCCAGAAGGGUCUGUACCCGGAGUCCACGGUCAACGACCAACAAAAUCUCCCGGUCGUCACUCGCGGUCCCAUGCCCGGAGCUGCAUACGCCAUCACUCCGCAUCCUAUCGGCGGAUUCACACGAGGCACACCGGCCCCGCCAUACACGCCAUCGUACGCUUGGCCACCCACUCCUCUCGGCACCCCGCCGACUGUCGCCGUGCCCUACGGCGCAUCCUAUCUCCCGCCGGUGUCAAAUGGGUCUUAUGCUCAAUCACAACAAGUCCACGCUCAUGCGUUGCCACCUCCACCUCCGCCGAACCUGCCUCCUGCAUUUGACCGACCAUCACAUCCCGAAACAUCACUUGCUCCCGCCGGUGCACCGCCCGGUAUGGCUGCCUUCCCCGGCCGAUCACCCCGCCCAAUGCACGAGCAGCCGCCACACAGAAGCCCCCCGACCUACGCACAUCAUCCCCAAUCUCACUUGGGUGCAUCACCACGAACGUCGGGUGAUGCUAUUGCUCACAUCAAUGGUCCUGCGCGCAGCCCUCACCUGGUGAAGCAGGGUUCUCCCGCUUCAUUACAGCCUCUGAACCCCAUCGGCACGCCUCCCAAGCUCCCAGAAUCAUCAAGUUCCGGCACAGUCCCCAGCAUCGGUGCUUUGAUGAACGGUGCCUCGCUGGCUCCGUUGUCUUCGGCGACUGGCACUCCCAGUGGUCCUGGCUCCAGUCCAAAUGCCAAUGGCGGCAGCAGUGGCGAAGGACCUCGGGAUAUCCCCAACGAGAAGCUUGGAUUCGGCGGCGAGGACAUGAGAGCCCUCCGCCAGCUCGAUCGGGUUUUCAUCUAA